GCUUCUUCUAUGACCCCUGUCUUACCCCAACUCCUGAUGAUAUGUUUCGUAUCUCCUUGUCCAUUCAUUCUCUAUACUACACUAUCAAACCAUUCCUUCUUAGUUUCAGGAAACCCACCAUUAGCAUAUCACCCGAGUACCGUUACCCAAGAUCCUCAAACUCACGCCAGCACAUUUGCAUGCCCAGCUUGCCCAGAACACCAGACGCCUCCCAUCCCGGAAUGACACUCACUCUAUCGUCCAACAACACCCCGUGCCCAAGAAAUAACGGGGUGUCCCGAAACCCCCAAACCGUGAAGUUGGACGUACUACUGGGUCGUUCAAUCUCAUCGCAUAACCAAGCAACUGCCCUGGCAGCCGGGUCGUACAUAACAACGUGAUCAGGUACUUCGCCAUAUGCCUCAUCCUCCCUAUCGAACGGGCCAACCCC